UUUAAGGCAGGCCCCGCCCCCGCCCUCCCGCCCGCGCCACCGCCCGGGUCCCCGCGCCGCCCGCCGCCCGCGCUCCGCCUUAGGUGUUGCGGGCCGGGAGCGCGCGCUGCUCUGCACCGGGCCGGCCCGGCGGGCGGGCGCUGGUAUGCGGGCUCCGGCGCCCCCGACUCCAUGCUCACCUCCCGCGAGGCGAGCCGCUGCAGAAGGAGCGCCAGGCCGGGGCGGAGUGCGGGCUCGCGCGGCAAGUGAGCGCCGAGGUCACGAAAUGGAUUCGAGUGAACCGGAGACCCAGAAAACGGAAACGAAGGGAGAACGAAGAGGUGUUUGAAAAGAUCAGGUGGGGCUAAGUGGCCAAGGCCAUACAGUGAUCAUGUGGCAGAGUUGGGAUCCACACCCAGGCUGAUGCUGGAGGCCCUGUGAUCAACACAUCAUAUUGCUUCACAACUAUGUUGAACAUCUGAACUCUGGCAGAAGAAAAGGGAUUUGAAAUCAAUCCACAGAACUAUGAAACCUUUCAACAGAUGAGAGAAAACACACAGUGAUCUCAUCCACUUGGUGCCACCAGCCUGAGACUUGGGAAGAGAAGCCGGUCCAGCAUCCUGGGCUCUCCUAGUGUGUGUUUUACUGCUGUUUGGACAAAGGAUGAUCUAAUCCAAGUAUUAAACCACCAGUGCCUGAGCCAGGACCUCCUACCCAGAAAAGAGCAAGUUAGUACCCUGUAUGAAAACAUCAACCUCGUGGAGUUGAGACUCAUUCAGCCAUAUGAACACGUUAUAACGAACUGUAUCUGUGAGAUCAAACUUCAGAGCCCGGAAAUGGAAAACCUGGCCAUUGCCGUGAAGAGAACGUCCCUUCAUGGAACCUCCUGACAUUGUAAAAAACAGCCUUGGGGAGAAAACUACUGGCCUGAUGAUGCUCUGCUGGCUAAACCCAAAGUGCCCAAGUCCCGCCUGAUGUGUGUGAAGGACGGCUACACUGACUUCCACAUCGGUUCAGGAGGUGUCUCUGCCUGGUUCCACGUGCUCAGGGAUGAAAAUGAGGCUCUCGCUUUUGGAUUGGUUUAUAUGCCUCAGGUUCUCACAAAUCUGGGAAGCAGCUGCUGCCUCAUUGAGUCCAAGGAGCUGAAAUUCUCAAUGGAGCUUGCAGAUCACGGACUGAAAAACAGAAAAGAGCAAGUUAGUACCCUGUAUGAAAACAUCAACCUCGUGGAGUUGAGACUCAUUCAGCCACAUGAACACGUUAUAACGAACUGUAUCUGUGAGAUCAAACUUCAGAGCCCGGAAAUUGAAAACCUGGCCAUUGCCGUGAAGAGGUGCAGAGAGAUAGCUCAUCGAUUGCACCCUAGACUUUGGCCCAAAUGAGCCCCAUGUCAUGAUUCGUUAGUUUCGUGUUCUGCAUGAACCACAAGCACCAUUGUCUGAACCCCUGGAGUAUGCAUCUCAGCUCAUUUGAAAUUGCCAAAUGGAAUGUUAUUUUGUGUGUUUGUUUUUCUCUAAAAUCACUGAUUGGAUUCCAGAUAUCUGGCUUAUUUCUAUUAAAAAAAAGCAACUUCCCAUUUCCCCACUAGCUUGGAUCCAUAUGGCAGCCUCUCCCAGCAUGUGACAAUUGUGGGGUUUGCGUCUGCUUGGGCUCUACCCUGCCUGUGCCCUUGGAAAAUCCAGACUUCAUCUGACAAGCCUGGUGAGUGUCUGUCCAGGUGAAAGUGUCGUUCAGUUCUGGGUCUUGUAUUUCAUUUUUUAUAAAGUUCAAGUCAGCUAACAAGAGACAAGAACAACACUCACCUGUGGGUUUUGCCUGGUUUAGUGAAAUAACUGCCUUUUUAACCUGUAAAUGCUCAGGGACAAGAUUUCAUAAACAAAUUCAUGCCCAUAAUGGUGUUUAUUUUGUGGACAUUUCUGGUAGCAAAUAUUAUUCACAGCUUAUAUCCAUAUUGUGGACAUUGUUCAGAUAGUCACCAUUUCUUCCAAAUUGCUUUUAAGAAAGUAUCCUUCUUAAUCUUUCCCUAUCUAAGCAGAUUUACUUAAUAGUUUCUAAACCAUAUUAUGAUUCUUACAUAUUUAAUUUAGCCAACAGUGUUGUGUUUUGAUUGUUUUAUUAUUACUGAAAUAUUAUAGUUUCCAAUUAUCUUUUAGUAAUGCCCAGGGGAGGAAAAAAAAAAACUGUCAUUCUUAUGAAAUAGUGUAG